UACAGUCGCCACAGUCGCGACGGUGGAUAUAUAAAUAAUUGUUGUUUUAUUUUUUUUUUCGCGGCAAAAACUAAAAGCAUUCUUUUCAACGCUUCGGAAAUUUGUGAAAAUUUCAAAUAAUGGUUAAGCUUGGCAAAAAGAAAUUGGCUGAACUCUCCGAGAUAAGCAAAAAGAAAUCUGCCGCAUAUUCCGACAGCGAUGAAAAUCCGAAAAACGGAGCCAGCAAUUCGGGCGAUGACGAGCAUGGACCCAAUAAGGACUCCGACGGUAAGCCGGAAAUAAGUUCCAAAAAGCAAAGGGCCUCCACAGCCGCAACAAAAUCAAACGCACAUGACGACAGCAACACGGAUGAAAGCGAUGAUAUGCCACUAAAUGGCAGUAAGGGAUCUGGUCCGAGUGCACCACCGCGUAAAAAGCAACGGAAGACGCCCAAACCCAAGGCCAGGGUGUCGACGACAGCUGCCGAAAAGAAUCAUAACAAAAAAUCGUCAUCCAAAUCGGAUGAGCCCGAGCUAGACGAGGACGAUGACAAUAUAGAUGCCGAAUUCGAGGUUGAGGCCAUUGUGGGCCAUAAGACCAAGCGCGGCGAAUCGUAUUUCCUAGUGCGCUGGAAGGGCUAUGGCAAGGAAUCCGACAGUUGGGAGCCCGAAGCCGAGUUAAACUGCGAUGACCUGAUCGAGGAGUAUCGGAAGAAGGAUGGUUCUAAGAAGAGCACUGCCAUUGGAAAAAAGUCACCGGCCAGUGUCAAAGCGGGACGUGGACGCAAGACAAAUAAGAAAGUGGAAAGCGAUCCCGAUAAGGAAUGGGCAGUGGAACGCAUACUCGAUUUUGUUGAUGAUGAUGAGCACGGCGGCCUGUAUCGCAUACGCUGGAAGGGCUUCGGUGCCAAAGAGGAUACCUGGGAGCCCGAGUCCAAUUUGUCCUGCGAGGGCCUCAUUGAAAAGUUCAAAAAGGGACUGGAUGAGCAGCGUAAUGUCGAUGUGAAACAUUUACGCGAAUCGCCGAAGAAGACGAAGCGCUUGGUCAACGAGACAAUUCCACGUUCCAAUUUACACAAUCGCAUUGAGCGCUCAUCCAAACGGGCUGCUGCCAAGAAUCGCGUUUUUUACGGCGAGGAGUGAAAAGUGCCCACCACGGACGACAAAACAAAUAUAAGGGCGAGAUCGAAUCCCGGAGUAGUAAUCGAAAUUGAAUUACAAUUUUAACACAAUUAGCCUAAGUUGAUAAAACGUGGAGUUGGUCAGCGUAGACGCACGUUCCUAGCUCUUAAGUGAAUUGUUUAAGUACGAAAAUCCAAUACAAUACAACACACAACACACACCACACACACACACACAACACACACACAACACACACACACACACCACAAGAUACACCCACUUUAAUUUGUAAGCUACAACAAAAUCUGCAAAAAGUGGGAAGUGUUUUUGAAAAAGUAUACAUAGCAGUUAAUUUCUAUCUCAAUCAUUGCGUAAUCCCUUCAACUGGGUUUACAAUUCAAAGGAAACCCAUCAUUUACCUUAGGCCUUAAGUUUAAAAUCCCUGAAUUAAAUUGUUUCGUGGUAGUAAAAAUAA